CAGGCUAUGCAGUAGUGAGACAGGAAGGAAACAGGUUUCUCACUGCCAAAGCAGAGAGCUGCGAGCAGCCCUGCUCUGCUCAAUUAGCUGAACUACGUGCACUAACAGAAGCGUGCAGAAUAGCUAAAGGAAAAAUAGCAAACAUUUACACUGACUCGGCUUAUGCACAUGGUGUGUGUCAUCUAUUUGGAGCUGUGUGGAAACAAAGAGGCUUCACAAAAUCAGAUGGUAGCCCGAUUCAACAUAACAAACAAAUAAGGGAAUUAAUGUCAGCAAUGAUGCUCCCGACUAAACUUGCAAUCAUAAAGUGUCAAGCUCAUCGGAAGGGAAAUGAUGAUGUGAUAAAAGGUAACAAUGCAGCAGACGAAGCUGCCAAAAUGGCUUCUAAAAGUGAGGUUGCAAUUUUGUCGCCGGUAAUAUCAUUAGAGCCAACAACAACACCAGAUGACAUUGUCCUAAUUCAGGCAGAAGCCAGUCCACGUGAACAAUCACUGUGGCGCAGUAGAGGAGCCACAGUGGACAACAAAGGUCUUUGGAGAUCACACGAGGGUCUCAUAGUAGCACCCGUGACGUUGCUAACAAUCCUAAUCUCCCAGGCCCACAAUGUUUGCCAUUGUGGGAGGGGGGAAGUCAUGAAAAAACUAAGACAGCAAGGCUACUGGUCACCGUAUCUACAGGCGAUGGUAGAUGAAAUACUGAACCAAUGUGAAAUUUGCGCUGAAAACAAUGUGCGUAAGGGUGUUAAAACACCAGUGGGACACAUUCCAGUCCCAGAGGGACCGUUCAAACACUUAGCCCUAGAUUAUGUCGACAUGAUCAAAACUGUACAGGGGAAACGAUACAUGCUUGUGAUAAUUGAUCGUUUCAGCCGUUGGGUGGAGGCGCAUCCGUCCAAGGACUUAGGGGCAGAAACGGUGGUUAAAUUUUUGAUACGAGAAGUCAUUCCAAGAUUUGGCAUUCCUUCUGAAAUAAGCUCAGAUAACGGUGCAGCGUUUGUUCAAAAAGUAGCCAAGGGUAUUUUACAACAACUGCGAAUCAAACAAAGACUCUCUGCAGUGUACCACCCGGAAAGUAAUGGGAUGGUCGAACGUAUAAACGGAACGCUAAAAUCAAAAAUAAACAAGAUUUGUGCCAGUACAAAGCUUAAUUGGGUGGAUGCUUUACCACUUGCUUUGAUGCAAUAUCGCACACAAACCCAUAGAAGCACUCAUCUAACACCGCAUGAAAUGCUAACGGGUCGACCCAUGCCAACACCACAGAUGAGAGGUCCAUAUAAGGGGCCUAGUCUUGAACAGUUACAAACUGAGCUGCAAGACUACAUGAAACACCUAACGGCCAUCCACAGAUCGAUCUACCUACAGGAAAAAGAAAGGGAGCCAGAUCCCAAACGAGACAUUGAGAGACCAGUGGAGCCGGGGGACAAAGUCUACAUCAAAAUCUUCAGACGAAAGUGGCAUCAACCACGUCGAGAGGGUCCAUAUACUGUCAUACGAGCCACACCAACGGCAGUCCAGGUGGAAGGAAGCACCACGUGGUACCACUUAAACCACUGCUGCAAAGUCCAGGACUCAAAAAAGGGCAGAAACCUGGGACAGCUGCAGGAGAUGCAGAGGAAGCUGAGCAGGGUCCGAGGAGAUCAAAACGGCUGGCAGCAGGCAGACAGAGUCCAGGCAGCAGUGAGCAACAUCCCACAGGAAACAGAUAAAUAUGGACUGGGACUGCUGGCCAGCCAGGCAAAGGAAGUUCUGAACAUACAAGGAGCUCACAUGCUAAAUGCAAUGGCAGACAUGAACCCUGAGAUGCAAGGGGUCAUGGGGCUACCGGACUUGUUCCCACAACCUGCCUAUAUGGAUGAUAGCGAUGAUCCGGAUCAAUGGGAAGAAAUGCUUCCUGCUCCGGAGGUGAGCCGUGUUAAUGAGGGAGCAGCGAUAACAAACACCACUCCACAAAACCAUCGAUACGCUUCCAUAGUGGCUGCUCACACAUCUGCAGGUAAUUAUGCCCUCUGGAUGUUCCAGCAGCCCCACGUCCUGCACCGUGCAGCAGGAGGAGCAGGAGGAGCAGGAGGAGCAGGGGCCCCGGGAGCCCGAGGACGGGGGCCCACACCAAUUAGAGGGAAACUCACAGCAGAAGAGACUCUCAGACCGGCCGAGCAGAGGAGAGGCAGCAUUGUUUCUCAGAAGGUUAGCGGUUAG